AGCCGGCGUGCAUUUUGCGGCUCGUUUGCGCCGGGGUCGAGGCCGGAUCCUAGCUCAUCUCAGGGCUGCCACUCCACAGCAGCAGCGACCCCGCCGUCAGGGUCCCCUAAAAUCGGAACAGAACAUGCCGAAAGGUGUGAUAAACAGCCACGAUCUACAGUCUGUCGAGCAGUGUUAUUAGCCUUUCUCCGCCAUCUCUUGGCUGGACCCUAUAUUUUGCCCUUGCGGUCAAGACGGGUUAAGGAACCACUUCAAUCUGAUAUCUCCGUGCUGCUGCCCAAUCUAAGGAGGUAUCCAAGCACGAGCGCAAACCAGAGGGUAUCAGUGAGCCCCUCUUUGCUUGCAGCGGAACGAUCUCCCUCAGUCGCUUGUGGCCUUGAGCUAGGGAGGCAAAUUUAUAUCAUCCAGACUCUUUCUCUCAACACUUUGCUCAGUGGGAGGCUCUCGGACAUAUAAUUACAUUUAACGCCUCAUUUCAAUCUGAAAGACGGGCAGAUGGGAUCAACCAUUGACCUUGCGCUUCCCGCGCUCAAGACGAAGCCCAAGUUCAUUUUUUUCACCGAUUUUGACGGCACCAUCACACAGCAGGACAGCAAUGACUUCAUGACGGACAACCUUGGCUUCGGCCAGGCCCUCCGCAAGAAGGGCAACGAGGAUGUGCUCUUCGGCCGCCGCACUUUCCGGGACUCGUUCCGGGACAUGCUCGACAGCAUCAACACUCCGUUCGACCAGUGCAUCGAGAUCCUGCUCAAGAACAUCACGCUCGACCCAGGGUUCAAGGAGUUCUUUGAGUGGGCGCGCGAAAACAACAUGCCCAUCGUGGUGUUGAGCGGCGGCAUGGAGCCCAUUAUUCGCGCAUUGCUGGCGCACAUGCUCGGCAAGGAGGCUGCCGAUACGUUGCAGAUCGUGAGCAAUGACGUUGCGCCGAGGGAGGGUAAGAGCAUCAAUGAGGAAGGCGGGUGGCAGAUUGUAUACCAUGAUGACAGUGGGUUUGGCCAUGACAAGUCACUUGAGAUUCGCCCUUACGCCAGACUCCCCGCGGAGCAACGACCGACCCUCUUUUAUGCUGGAGACGGGGUGUCCGACCUGUCGGCGGCCAAGGAGACUGACUUGCUGUUUGCAAAGGCUGGCCGUGAUCUGGUAACGUACUGUGAAAAGGAGCGGGUGCCGUUCAAAACAUUUCAGAACUUUUCAGACAUCCUAGCCACGGUCAAGGAGAUUGUGGCUGGUCGAAUCACCGUCAAGCAGGCUGCCACUGGAAGGGACUGAGCGUGAUCUCUUCAACCGGGUGGUGAGCUUUCACUUGGAUACAUAUCUUACCAUAUAGACGUAUAGAUUACUAGACCUUUCUUCC